CCCGCUCUUACUCUCUGAGCUCCUCUCCCCCCUCCUCUCCCUCCGCUCUCAACUCCUCUCCUAUUCGUCCUCAUCUUGACACCGCCAACAUUCACCCGCCCUCUAGUCCGACGCGCCCGCCCGCCUACCAUGGGCACGGCUACGCAUACACCUAUCCUCGCGGCCUCUCCCAUCGUGCUGCCUACGACUAUGAGUUUCCAUCUGCAGAGCCCAAGCCGCUUCCGCCGAACGCGCCAUCGCCAGCAUACGCUGCCAUCCUCCCUCCUUCUGCCUCGUCCCCCCGCUCCAGCUUUUCCUCUACGUCCCUCUCAGACGCAAACGCGCCCGGUGCUUCGUUUCCUUUAGCCUCAGAAAAUCGUGUAGUACUCGAUGACGAUGAUGACGAUAUCGAAGACUACGGCGGAUUCUCGCUCGACCUCGACGACAUCCUGAGUCUCCCAGGAUCGUCACCCUCUCGCAGGAUCUCGUUCACCACCUCGUCUGAGCGCGACCGUCCAUUCGUUCGCCCUCCAGUCAAGCCCCGCGCGCGUCCUCCGCCAAAGGAUGUGGACACGCUACUCCCUUUUCCUGCCACAUCCGUCUCUGCUCUUCCAGCAGAACCUCGCGUCGCGGAGCCUCGGUGCGAUAGCACCCGCACCUCAGCGGCUCCGGCGGAUCUACCUCCCCCCAUCCGUGCGCGCUCGGCCUCACGACGUUCGACGUCUCUCCUUCUCCCGCCCCCGACUCCGGACACUCGUGCGAACGACAGCGCUGUGCUCGACGACCAUCUCCCGCCCUCCUCGCCCAUCUCCACGCCCGCAUCGUCAUCCUCGCUGUCCUCCCCCUUGCGCCCGUCCGAUCACACGGCCACGACACGUGAACAGCACCUAGAUUCAGACUUGACGCUCCCGCCGUCGUCCCCCAUCCCCAUUACCGCUCCGUCCACGCCCGCGUGCCACGAGCAUGUUGAGAGGGUGGACGAGAUGGUCCUUGACCUGGACUCGGUCGCGAGCCCGCCCUCGCCCACUCUGGACGCGCUCCGGAUCACGUCGCGAGUCUCGGUGCGCGCGCUGCUCAACCCUGCGCCUACGUCUGCUCCCCGGAAUUCGCAAUUUGCUGCCACCGCUGUGGUGGAAUCAGCUGAUAAUGGACUCCCUCAACUGGAGCUGCCGAAGGGGGGCGCGAAGGUCGAAGUUGCUUCCGAGAUUGAGGCUCAGGUCGCGGUGGAAGACGUUGAUGUUGAGAUUGUGACAGACGGCGAUGUCACCCCGCUCGUGCUCCCCGAGCCCGAAGCCGUCAUGGAUGCGCAGGAGGCGACCGAAGAAACGGAAGUGGGAGUUGAAGUCGUGAUAGAAAUGGCGCCCUUGGAGUCCGUGACUGAGGAGGAGGUCGAGGUUCAAUCAGCAGCUCACCAGGUGCGUCAUGCGAUUGACGUCUCGCUCUUCUGGUCUUGUCCUCAUGAUCUCAUGGUCCGCUUCUCUGUCCCCUCCGUACCCUCGCUGGACGCCUGCCUAGAUUGCUGUACGCGAACCUUCCCCCGCGUUCGCGUGCGCGGCCGUACCGUUCCCGGCGUCAGCCUCGAUGGUGGCCGUCGCCGCCACUACUGCAACAUCACGCGUGCCUUCCCGUGCUCCCUCAGUAGCCCCUUCGGCCUCGCGUGCACGCACGCCAUCAUUCGUACAAGGUCAGGAGAUCCCAUCAUCUCCGCUCUCACCCACGCCUUCGUCUAUCGCGGACGGCGAUGCCGUUUUUGACCUCAUGGACGUCGAUCUUGAUGCCGAAUCCUCCGCGCUUGUUGCCGGCCCGAGCAGGAGCAGCCACAGUAGUCGCGCGGCCUCCCCGGUCAAGGCGAAGGCGAAGAGACACGCUGUCGCUGAGCCCCCGCGGAAGAAGGCGAGGCGCGAUAACGACGCAGACAUUUCCGGCGCCAGAACGAAGCCCAAGCAUAAGAUCAAGCGGUCGCGCACGCCCACUUUCACGGACAGCGAAAGCGAGGCGGAGGUGCAGGUGCAGAAAGCGGUCAUGAACGUGCCGAAGAGAAUCGACGCGAAGCGUCUGUCCCCUGAGCCGUAUCCUCAUCUCGCGAAGGCCGCGCACAAAAAGCGCCCUCGCGCCAUCCUCUCCGACGAUGAGACCGACUUGGACGCGUCGCCCGCAGCUCCUCCCCCGGCACCCAAGAAGGACGGAGAGCGUGAGCGGAAGAAGGACAAGCCGAAGAAGCCCCGCGCGAAGGGCUCGGCCCCCGACCCCGAGCUCGAGAACGAGCCACUGCACGCGUCCAUGUCGGCCGCGAAGCCGAAGGCAGCCAAGUCUUCGUCUGCCCCGAAGAGCGCCACGAACAUCGCGCGCCCGGAGCUCCCUUCCGCUCCCGUCGCACCUGCAGCGGCCAAGCCGCGAGAAGCAGCACCCCACAAGGCGAAGCCCUUCACGUCCACAGCGGCAGCUGGGAAGUCCAGAGCCUCGCGCGCUCACGACGACGACGCGGAAUCCUUGGUAAAUGCAUACGAGCUCCCGCUCCCCGCGCCCGAGCUCGAAGGGAUGCUCGUCGAGACCCUCGCGACUGCUCGCGCGUCCUCGCUCGCCACUUCUGCCCUCUACGGCGCGCUCAUGGCGGCCCGCCCCGCCCUGCGCGACAUGGCGCUGCCGACGCUGAAAGGCGCCGUCGUCGCCGACGAAGACGAUCAGGAGAAGGGCAGAGAUGCGACGGGCAGAGGCCGGGGCGCAAAAGCGGACGCGGCGAGCCGGCGCGCCUGGGUGCCCGCGAUCGAGGCGAUCCUCGAGGCGGGCUGGCGGCGGUGCGGGGUGUUCGGGAAGGUCGUCAACAGCGGCACCGACCUGGCGAACCACUCGCUGUCGCUCGAGGCGCGCUGGUUCUACGACCCAGACCGGGACGCGGACGCGGACCGGGCGACGCUCGUGCGGAGCAUGAUGCGCCGCCCGGGCAAGCGGAGCGAGACGAAGAAGGCGAAGCAGUACUACUGGCGGCCGCUCCCCAAGAUCUCCCGCUGGGACGCCGAGGACGAGCUCUGAGCGGGCGCCCUGUGCGCGGGACUUGUGUAAGUUAUGAUGCUAAGUGAACGUCUUGACCCUGGUCUUGUACAUAGGUAAUACAUAUGUGCGUAUGUGUGCAUGUGCGUGUGCGCGCGCGCCUGCCCGCGCGUUGACGUUUGUGGCUCCAUAUGUCGUUUGUUGUGUCUUGUUCGAUUUGUGUGGCGUUGGCGCGUUCGAUCUGUCGCUUGUCGUGUGCAUACAUGUAGACUCGUUGACGCUGUCCAUGGUUACGACCUCCACUUUAUCAUGCACAGCUACUAUUGUUUUCCUCGAGCUCGAUGAACGCUUUCUUCGUCGAUACGUACGCAUGUAAUACGGUAUUUCUGCCUAAACAUCGAAUACUAUCCAAACAUUUGCAACUCU